UCUCUCUCUGUCCCAAAAAUAAAUAAACAUUGGGAAAAAAAAAUUAAAAAAAAAAAUCUAAAGAGACUGAAAAUUUUUCUGAAGACAUUCUUUUCACUAUCUCAUUGGACUGAACACUUCCACCCCAACCAGCAGGUGGGAGCUCAGAAAAAAAACUGUAUUACUUUUAGACAAAAUUAAGAACUUUACUUUUUCUCUGCACGUAUGUGUUUGUCAAGUGAAUAAAUUUUGUUGAUCUCAUUGUAGUGAAAUUGUCGUUGCGACUUGGUGGGGCUGGCCCGAUGACAGAGCAGUAUUUCCAGGUUAACUGAAAAUAGUGUUUUCAGAAGCUCAUGGGUGAGUUUGUCUGCAUGUUCUGUCUAGGGUUGGCACCACCUGUUGCUGAAUAGGGUGCUCACGGCCAGGGAGGGACGAUUUCUGAACUCUUCUUGGUGGCUCGGCUUUGUACCCUAACUGCCCAGCUAGCACCCCUCUUUAAGAAAGGGAUGGGUUCCAGCUAGCUGCCGGAUGCUGCUGUACUACUGUAGAAAUAAAUCUCUCACACCGUUUUGAUUCUGGCUCAUCUUGAUUCCAGUUCAUUCAUUUAUACCACGGACAUUUAGCUAACAGCCACUUUGCACCAAGCACUAUACUAGACCAGUUGUUCUUCUCAAAAAUGUCACAUGUAGCGGGCACGAAAGACACCGAAACAAGUUCUUCAUCUCUGCAUCACUGAAACAAAUGCUUCAGAUGUGAUGAAGGGUUCUGGCACAGGCGAUCUUUGUCUGUGGUCUCCUCUCGUGACAGCCACGAAAACGCGCUGCUCUGUUCCGCUGCCGAGGUCCACCGCUGCAUGGCCGUACUUCCUGCAGGUGGCUCUGAGCCAGCGGUGGAGCACUGUGGAGUGCUGAGACAGGUUUUCCUCUGAGACUGAGACUCAGGUGUCCCUGCAGAACACACCAUCACACCCCGUGUUUUUCCAUAGCACCAGAUACCCUGAUCUCUGUCUUUUUGUGUGUCUCUCACACGGUUCUGUGUGUUUUUUGAAGGCAGGGUGCACUGUGUGUGAUUCUCCUGUUUCCCCAGCAGCUAACCUAGUGCCUGGCUAAUGACAGCAGUUUGUUAAAGGAAUGAACAAAUGAAGGCAACAAGAGGAAGGAGCUCAGUCUCAGAAAGACCUGACAACUUAGCCACUGAUUUUUCUAUGAUGUUUGGCAGUCACUUACUCAUCUUUUUCCUCACCUGUAAAAAAAAAAAAAAAGGGGAGAAGCAUAUCUUCCUUCUAGAACUGUCUUAAGAAUUGACUGAAGCUUAAGAUGCCUGCUGCACUUCUGGGAACAGAGUAAGCAUUAAAAACAGCCUAAUAAAUGGAAGUUUCCCUCUCUCUUCCUCCUACACACCCAUUAAUAGGGGUGGGACUGCCCUAAAAAGACUUCAUAUCAGGGCGCCUGGGUGGCUCAGUCAGUUAAGCGUCUGACUUUGGCUCAGGUCAUGAUCUCACAAUUUGUGGGUUCAAGGCCCGCGUCGGGUUCUGUGCUGACGGCUCAGAGCCUGGAGCCCGCUUCGGAUUCUGUGUCUCCCUCUCUCUCUGCCCCUCCCCUGCUCAUGCUGUGUCUCUCAAAAAUAAAUAAACGUUAAAAAAAUUAAAACACAAAAAGCUUUCACGUCCCAAAGGCUCCGAUUUCUCUUGUAGUAAUUUCAUAGACAUAGCUGCCAGGGUCGACUCAACAUCAGGAGAGUCACCACACUCAAGGAAGCCCAAAGCAGGGAGCAUCCAUAAGAUAUUUAUAUUUAACUGAUGGUAAAAUUCUCAUGCAGGGGGAGAAAGGGUUUUGUUAGUGCUUUUCCCAUACUGACCUUUUCAGAAAUAACUUCUGACAGAACCAGUGUGCUCACUGGUGACACUAGCCAGCGUGAUCACAUCCUGCUGAUAGGUCCCCCUGCUACCGAGAACCCAACAACCUUGUAUGUCUCAUUCUGAAUGUGGUCUCUUGCUGCCCAGUAAUGGGUCCUCCCACCCCCUUUGGAACAUUUAAUUCUUAUAUCUUACUCCAUAUUAUCUAUUCUGUUUAAAUGUGAUGUAACUGAAUUACUUUAAUGCAGUAGUCUAUUUUGUAAAUAAUUAAGUGGAAAUAUGUGCUAUGACAUAAUCUGCCCUUUAAUCAUUGCCUGGCUUGUUCACUCUGUUUGCCUGGUUCACCGAUCUGGGCAUGCUUCUAUCAUUCGUGGCUCCUUAGUUUUGUGCAAACGCUUUUGUAAGCAGCUGGGCUCAGGGAAUUUCUCCAGGCCUGCUUUCCUGUCAUCUAUCUUGAAGGGCCUCAUGAAUUCACUCCCUUCUCUGGACCUGGUAGUCUUCAUAUGUUAGCUGCGUCUGUUUGUCUAUUCCUAUUUGUACUUCUGUUCCCGUAAGUACUGGGAGUUUGUAUGCCCUAUUUUGAUGCCAGUUUUGUAACCUAUAUGUGGCUGCAUUGAGGCUUGCACCUUGGGUUUCCCCAACUGCUGGAAUAGAUAAGAGACGCCAUACUCCCGCACUCACUCAUAGUCGUCGAUAAUAUAAUUUGCCAAGCAUAUGGUGCCCUUUAGUGUCUGAGGAGUUGCAGAGGAAUCAGGCAGUGAGAUGCCUAUCAGGGCCACAAAACUAUAGCUAAAGCAUUACUGUGUAUUUGGUACUGGAGUACUUGGGCAGUUAAAUGUCUAGGAAAGAGCCCACUGCGAUGUAAGCAUAAGCCCACAUCUAUAAAGGAAACACGUGAAAUGGCUGACAUUUUUUCCAAGCAGAAGUGAUUGGAGACAUUGUUCCAAGCAGAAGUGAUAUCGCAGCAAAUGAUUAUGGCACAAAUCUAUAUAUGUGACUGGUGAGGGAAUACAAAGUAAAGGAAUCGUCACCAAAGGAUGGAAUUAAUUGACAGGCUCUCUCGAGGAAGCAUGAAGUCCUCGAACUUGAUCUGUUCAUAACUGUAAAUCACUGUAGGUGCUUGGGGACGAAAGAGUAAUGCUGGCAUGGCCAGAAUGACAGUUGGAGAAGAUAGGGCUGCAACAUCAACAGAUGACAGGGGAUAGAGAAGCUGGAUUUUGGUAAUCCAUGGAUGUGUGGAUGAGGGUGGGUGGGCAGGAAUAAAGCCUGGGAAUUUGCACCAUAUUCUGGGGGUGCUACGAAGAAAAGCUUCAUUCACUGUGACACAGUGACACAAGCAUCGCUGGACUGGGAUCCUGUCACUCGGACUGGAAGUCCUUGGAACCAUCCAUAACUCCUCCCUCCAGCUGGCCUCCUCCUGGAGGAGUGGACUCCCGGGUUCACUGAGGCUGUUUGAAUGAGCCAUCUCUAAGGAAAACAGGAUAUGAAUGAAGAAGUGGUAAUGCAAUCCUUGGAAGAUUUGCAUCUCAGCAAAAGCAGCUGGCUCUUAGACCAUUGAUGGCUCAUUUGCCACACGGGGGACAAUUGGAAAAGGAAACGCUUCCUGGCUGGUACUGAUGCCUCCUUGUACCUCUCGGGAUUUCUCCUGCCCCUGCACCGGCACCACCACUGCUGAGUUCUCAAUGAGUAAAGAUGCAUCAGAUACUCUUCUUAUCUGCUCUUACUGUCUCAGCAAUUUUGAAUUUUGUAGGACUCGUUGUAAAUCUGUUUAUCGUAGUGGUCAACUACAGGACUUGGGUCCAAAGCCACAGAAUCUCCUCUUCUAAUAGGAUCCUGUUCAGCUUGGGCGUCACCAGAUUUAUUAUGCUAGGACUGUUUCUCCUGAACAUUAUCUACCUGUUCACCUCUCCACAUGUCGAAAGGUCAGUCCACCUAUCCACUUUUUUCCUGUUGUGUUGGAUGUUUUUGGAGUCUACUAGUCUCUGGCUUGUAACCUUGCUCAAUGCCUUGUACUGCGUGAAGAUUACUGACUUCCAACACUCAGUAUUCCUCCUGCUGAAACGAAAGCUGUCCCCAAAGAUCCCCAGGCUGCUGCUGGCCUGCGUGCUGAUCUCUGCCUUCUCCACUCUCCUGUAUGUUGUGCUCACACAAACAUCACCCUUUCCUGAGCUUCUGACUGGGAGCAAUGGUACAGUAUGUGACAUCAAUAAGAGCAUCUUGUCUUUGGUGACCUCCUUGGUCCUGAGCUCCUUUCUCCAGUUCAUCAUGAAUGUGACUUCCGCUUCCUUGUUAAUACAUUCCUUGAGGAGACAUAUACAGAAGAUGCAGAAAAACGCCACUGAUUUUUGGAAUCCCCAGACUGAAGCUCAUAUGGGUGCUAUGAAGCUAAUGAUCUAUUUCCUCAUCCUCUACAUUCCAUAUUCACUUGCUACCCUGCUACAGUAUCUCCCUUCCGUACGGAUGGAUUUGGGAGCCACAUCCAUCUGUAUGAUUAUUUCCACCUUUUAUCCUCCAGGACAUUCUGUUCUCAUUAUUCUCACACAUCCUAAACUGAAAACAAAAGCAAAGAAGAUUCUUUGUUUCAACAUAUGGUGGAAUUUCAGUAGUAAAUAGUGGCGGGAGUCACCUCCUGGUUUGGGAGCAAGAUUUUCUCCAUUAGCGGUUUUCCCAAUGGUCUGAGAAAUUCAUUUUUGUAAUUAUUGAUCUGACUUCGUGGGCCUUUGAGUGUAUGUCAGUUCAUUCUGCAAUUUAAAAAAUUUAAAAUAUUAGGCAGUUUUUUGUUUUUUUUGUUUUUUUUUUUCCUGAGGAGCUUGCUUGAGGCAUUACUUAUCAUGGAGUUUGCAUGAGUGUUGCAUCCCUGGCUAAGUGGAAGUCACCACAUUGUUCCAUGGGCUACUCAAGUAUAAGGGGACGUCCCCCCAAAUUAAACAAUACAUUAUAGUUCACAUCAUUAAAUUUUUGAGGUUCAGUUAAAGAGCCCUGGGUAAGGGCUUAGCAAUGAGUGAAUCAGGAGUCACCAGACUGGCUUAAAAUUAGCAAGAGGAUGCAAAGAGCAAAGGAAGAAAGGAAAGGUUUAGAGAGGAAAAGGAAGAAAGAGAAAGAUGAAACAGGUAUAUACUGUGGCAGGUGUUACAGAAAAAGCACCCUCCCCUUUUGGGUCACAGUAACUGAGUUAUUAUUACCAAGAAACUCUAGGAGUGAACUUCUAGGUUUGCUCUGGAAAGAAGGGAAGGGUCAGAAUGGAGGGAAGUGAUUAAGUAUUAAAGAAGCUGAAUCCAGGAGAGUUCCAAGGAUCUUAAAAUCUAGGGAGCUAGCCUGAGGUCAAAAGCAAGUGCCAAAUAGUGAAAUCAAUGCAAUCUGAGUGCAACUUUACAAAAGACUGUACCCCGUCACAUGAUACGGAAUUCAGGGGAAAGCCAAGAGGAGCCAUUGGAUUCGUGGUGGGAGCAUCAGACUUUUGAUGACUAGAUAUCAUCUGCUUAUGAAUUUAUGUACUGAGCUGUAUGGACACUGCACAAUUAUCCAGGAGAACACUUUUUUUUUUGGAGGGGAGAGGGGUUGGAACAGGAGGACUGGCUACAGAGGAACAGGAAUCUGAAGAUGGAAUAUUGAUCAGUUUUGGGAUGGGAAUUGAAGGGUAAUAACUCAUAUUUAUACAUUUUUUGUACUUCUAAAAUAUUUAUGUAAUAUUUACAUGUGUCAAAAUAAAUAAUCUUAUUAAAUAACAUUCUCUUCAUUAAAAAAGAAAAAAUGAGAAAUCUCCAAAUUUUACAAAUUACCUGUUAUUUCCCAUUCUGGACACCACAAUCUUGACUGCAUUAUUCAGUAAGGAUUACUCAAACUGAUAUUUUAGGCUUAAAAAAAACAAAAAAACCACAGUUUUCAUCAUGUUAGAAUCUUAAGAUUAGGAGAUAAGAGGAUUACUGAGGAUGAUUAAAUCCAUGACAGAAGAACUCUAAAUGAGUAGCAGAAAGCCUUGUGGUCUCCCAGUAUCUGUUCUCUUUCUUUUCUCUUCCGUAGUAACAGAAUUUUUAGCUACCCAGAAUUUUGGCAGCAAAUUACACAUUACAGCUUUCUCUUCUAAGGAGGUAUUAUGUGUGAUCAAGUUCUUCCAAUAGAGUAUGUGGACAAGUGAUGUGUGUGAUUUCUAGGUGGUGCCCCUAGAACAGGUAUGCUCUCCUUUCCCCUUUUCCCUUUCUUCCUGUGGUCUCGAGUGCGGGAUGUAAUGAUUGGCCAUCUUGGAUGAGUAGAUGAAGUGACUUCCUGGGGAUGGUGGAGGAAUCAUCCAUCCUAGUUGGCUUCCCAGUUUCUGAUACCACAGUUUCUGCCACACCAGCUCUGGACUGUUUACUCCAGGACCAUUCAUGGGAAAUAAAUAUCUCCAUUCUUUCAGACACUGUAGUUUUGGGUCUCUAUUGCCUUACUCAACAAACUUAUGCUAUACCAUAUUCCUUUGUUUGGGCACUUGCCCAUAGUCCUCUCUGGGCAGACUUUUUAACAAUGCUGUGGGUUUGGAGUUUGCUGGUUCCAAUAUGCUCUGCCACUAAAUACUUACUAACUAGGAAUUAAAAAAAAAUUUAGAGUUUAUUUCUUCAAGAUGUGAUAACUUAUAUGCUCUCUAAUAUGCAGUAUCCUGCACUUCCCUGUAUUCUCUGCCUGUUAAGGGAAGGGUGGGACGUUUAAGACUCUUCAUUAAGAAGAGUCACUCUCGGGGCGCCUGGGUGGCUCAGUCAGUUAAGCGUCUGACUUCAACUCAGGUCACAAUCUCACAGUUUGUGGGUUCAAGCCCCAUGUC